AUGCCCGAGGCACAGGGCUGCAUGGACGUCGAGGGCAUGGAGCAGGUUCUGAAGGACGUCGCCGAGGUCGGCAAGCGCUUCACCGACGCACAGACGGAAUUCGAGAAGACGCAGCAAGCGGAGAUCGACGCCGCGACCGCUUUCGAUGCGGCGCGCCUCAGGCGCAAGCAGGCCGCUGACGGUCUCAAGGCGUUGUGGGACGAGAUCCAAGUCAAGCUGGCGAUAACUCGAGGAGCUCGUAGCCGCAAAGAUACUGCGGAGCCUAUCAUGGACGGCAAUUGGGGCGGUGAAGAUUCCUACACCGGCUUCGACGGCGAGUGGGACGGAGGCAUCCAGGGCGCCGGAUACUUUCUCUUUGAGGGCGAAGACGAUGAGCCCAGACGCAUUCCUUACUUGGUUCGCAGCGGCGCCCAGGCCCGCGAGACCGAGCAGGAAGAGAAGGAAGAGGCCGCAGAGCUCAAGCGCCUUCGCGAGGAAGCGCGCGAGCACGAACGUCCGGCCAAGAUUCAGAAGGUGGUUCAGGCAGAUGUAGCGCAGAAGGGCAGCGACGUCGCAGUGCCUCGCAUCGCUGCGUCCGCAGCCGUCGCCCGGGCCAACUCGCCGCUCAAGGCACGUCGCCAGACUGCCCGCGACUGA